UCUCUUGGUUCUGUUUCCACCCGGGCUCACUUGGUGGACGGCUCGACCGCCAUCGAGCGAUGGAGCCCGUGAGCUCCGGGAGCAGGGCUUUGGAAGAGCGCGCAGCCUCGGAUGAUCGGCUGUUUCUGGUGAAAGGUGGAAUUUUUCUUGGUACAGUCGGUGCUGCAGGAAUGCUGGCUGGUUUUCUUACAACUUUGUCACUAGCUAAAAAGAAAAGCCCUCAGUGGUUCAAUAAGGGAAUUACUGCCACAGCUGCUUUACCAGAGAGUGGUUCUUCUCUUGCCUUGCGAGCGUUGGGUUGGGGGUCACUUUACGCAUGGUGUGGUGUUGGUGUAAUCAGUUUUGCCGUCUGGAAAGCUUUAGGAGUUCACAGUAUGAAAGACUUUCAGAGUAAAAUGCAAUCAAUAUUUCCAGUGAUUCCCAAGAACCCUGGGUCAUCUGUCGAGUGGGAGGAAGCACUGAAAUCCAAAUGAGAUUAGCAUGAAAGAACGCCAAAGAGAUUGUUAGAGUGAAGUAGCUUGGACAUGCUAAAGUAGCCAUCCUCUUUAAAGGAAAAAGAGAUCAAAUUGAUUUCUAUUCAGAAAAGUGAACAAAUCAUUGGUAGAACAUGGACUCUGGCUUUCAGCAUCUUCACUGUAGUCUUGAAAACUCAAAGUCAUUCUGCGUUUGCUUUAUCUUGGAAUCAAAUGGGAUUACAUGUUUUCCAAGAUUUGAGAGUUGUUUCAAAGAACAUUAGUUGUGAGUAAAUAAAUAACUUUCCUUUGUGGAAAAUAUACUGGCAUAGAAAGUUAGAUAUAUUUCUAUAAACUUUAAAAACAAGUCUCUCACUUGAGAAGCCAAAUUGUGUGAUAAAUAUGCUGACAAAAAUCUUUAAAAACCUUUAUUUCUCACCACCAGGUUGGAAGACCAAGCUAAAACUUAAAGGUGGUUCAUUUAAAAAAAAAAAAAUUAAGACCAUAAAUAAGUUACUUGAGAGCAGGGACUAUUUUUUGUCUUUCUUUCUAUCUCCAGAACUGACAUGUAAUGCCUGACAUGUAGUAGGUGCUUAAUAAAUGCUCAUUGAUUGGCAUGGCCAUAGAUAGUAAUGAAAUAAUAGUGAUUCAUUCUUUGAAAUUAAAUGAGUUCAUUCCAGGAAGCUCUCAUGUUGUUGUGUGAUUAUCUGGUUGUACCUGGCACAAUAAGAGCCAGUUAAGUUGUCCAAUAUUCACCUCUGGUACACAUCAUAAUAUUAGAUCAUUUGUUUGAAAUGAUUUUUUCCUUUGCUUUGUGCCCUCCAUUCACUCAUUCAGUGCCCUACUUAAAGGCCACUCGGUAUAUUUCUACAUGUCUUUAUGUUUUGAAGAAAAUAAAAAAACAGAUUAAUAUAAUUUGAGAGUAAUUUGUUCUUUGUCAUGCUGUCACUAAUAUGAAGUGUACAUUUAGUAAAUAAUUUGAUACUAGAUUCCUAAACACUAACCUGUUAAAUUAUAAUUUUACCUUAAUCAUCAAAGUGAAAAUAGCAUAAUAUUAAAUCCACACAUCUAACAAAUAUUUUUAACCCAAACUCGCAUGGUAUUGAGUCUAACAUUCAAUAUUUAGUCUAAUAAUUCUAAUGAAUUUUCUGUGAGCAAAUUUCUAAGUAAUUCAUCAUUAAGAAAACAUUCUCUGUUGCUCUGUGGUAUCUUAUAGAAACUAAUAGAGAACAGUGUCUAAUUGCAAUCACUGUAUUUAUCAGACUUAAAAGUUUUAAAAAGAACAAGAAAAAUAUUUUUUAGUAUGUAAAUUUUUCAGAGAAAUAACAUCUGGUUGAAAAUGUAAAUUUGAAGUUUCUUUAUGAUUGCUUAAGCUUUAAUUAGUCAGCUAUCAGGUCUAAUAAAGUACAUUUGAAAUUUAUUUGUUAAUAUGAAACCUUUUAGUUCUAAUAAAAAAUAAAAAAUUAAAUGUCAAGU